UGCCGGCAGGAGGUGCAAGAGCUCCUGAGGGACCGUGAGCCUAAAGAGAUCGAGUGGGAUGACCUGGCGCAGUUGCCCUUCCUGACCAUGUGCAUUAAGGAGAGUCUGCGCCUGCAUCCCCCAGUCACCAUCAUCUCCCGCUGCUGUACCCAGGACGUUGAGCUCCCAGAUGGCCGCGUCAUCCCCAAAGGUAGACUCUGCAGUUUGAGCCGGAUGGAGGGAGUACGACGGGGCCCAGGGGUGUGGGGGGUCCUUGAUGCAAUCAGAGUCCCCACCCCUGCCCCCAGGAACUGCAUCGGGCAGACGUUCGCCAUGGCCGAAAUGAAGGUGACCCUGGCGCUCACGCUGCUGCGCUUCCGUGUCCUGCCUGAUGACAAGGAGCCUCGCAGGAAACCAGAGCUGAUCCUGCGCGCAGAGGGUGGACUGUGGCUGAGGGUGGAGCCGCUGAGCGCGGGCCCGCAGUGA